UAUUAAGAGUCACUGACACAAACACCCUGGGGCCAAUCGGGAAACAGGAAUGAGAGAAGAAGGCUGCGUGUGAAAAAGAAUCAACCGCUGGAAACUUUAUCCACCAGAACGAGUGGGGAUAAAUGGGCCUUGGACAUCUGCUGUUCUCAGAUGGACAUGACCAGGUUUGCGUGUGGAGACAUUGCUCUGGCACGAGAAAUGAAUGGAUGGAAGUGACUAGAAGGUGAACGCUGGCCAGGCCUGGCCAGGAGACUGGAGCCCAUCUGGAGCCACGGGGACAAGCAGUGGAGGUGGCAGAAAGGGAAACUGCAGUUCCAUUUGCCCUGGGCUUUGGGGGUCCCAGGGCUUUGUCCAUGGCUCCAAGGCAGUCCCCAGCUCUGGUGGGGCCCCGGAGGGAUAGCCCUCUGGCCCUGCCCAGCCAUCUUUUGCCACUUUCCUAGACCCCUGGUCCUGUCUUUCCAGGUGUGCUGGAUGGUCUGGGUCCCUCCUUCUGGACCCUUCUUCACAAACAGGCACCCGUGAGCCCCUUUGAGGGCCCUGGCACCAGGACGGGUUUCCACUGGGGACCCAGCAAGUCCGCACUUCACAAAGCCCUUGUCCACUUUAUCACCUCACCUGGCUGCAGCUGGGAAGGAGGCAGGACAGGCCCAGUGGUUCCUGUCUGCCCCGAAGCCUUCCCUGCAGAGGAAAUGCCUGGGGUUCCAUGCCAGAUUCCCACCUGUCACCCACGCCCCAUGAGUGACCCCGACAUCCUCUCCCCAACCUCCCCCCGGCCCCGCCAGGCCCAGAGGGCCCAGUGGGGGACUGAAUCCUGUCUAGACACUGUCUGGGAGGAAGGGGAAGGGGCCAGGGAGGUGGUCCUCAGACCCUCGAGGUGGAGCACAUCUAGCUCUGGCCGUGAGGUAGGAGAUGCUUGUCCUGAUGCACCUUCUUGGUGGGAUGCUCUCGGACUUUGAUCUUGCAGUGACCGUGGGACCAUGCCAAGGGCCCUGGCCUCAUCUGCACGGCUUCCUUGGAGUCCCCAGAGCUGGGGCCUGAGUGGUCAGCCCCUCCCCUUCCCUCAUGCUGCACUCCAUGUGUGUUUGCUGCCCCCACUUCCUGUCUGGGCCACCCGUGACCAGCCGGGCGAUAUGACAGUAAUUGUGAAGAACUGACAGUCGUGUAAGGAGAUAGUGAUGGUGGCCACCCCCUGCCCCCUGGCCUGGACAGUUCCACACGCAUGAUCUCAUGAGUUCUCCGCAUGUCUUGUGAGAGGCCCCGAGCAGCAGACAGCUCACCCGAGCUCACCCAGCCAGGAAGUGGCCAGGACAGAUGUACGCCCAGGCCUGACCAACCCUAGAGCCCAUGCUCCUGCCCACCCCGUCCCACAUCUCCUGUUAUCCAGUCUGGUAGGAGGCAGGGUGGUGCCGGGGCCUCCAGGGCCAGCCCUCUGCUGCUCCCAGGACCCCAGCAGGCAUGGCCUUGAUCCUGGUCUCGUGCAAGCCAUAAGCAUGAGUGAAGGAGCCUGAGUACCAUCGCUAUCCCUGCAGCCAGGCUGUGUGCCUGGUGUAUUACAGGUGUCCUCAAACCCCAGCACGGCUCUCUGCGGCAGCCCUAUGACUGUAUUUGCCUUAUAGAGGAAGGAACAAGCUCAGAGAGGCCCCCAGCUUGUGAGAGGAGGGUCUGCGCUCGGUGUGUCUGACUCUAAAGCCUGUGCCCCUCACCAUCCCCAGGCGUCCACUUGGGCCUCCACGCCCAAGUGGACGCCUGGGCGCGGAGGCCUCUGCGGCCGCUGGACCCCAACUUCACAGCGCCCGGCAGCGUCCCUGGGUGGGUGCAGCGGCCCCCUCUGCAGGCGGGCGCAGAGUGGGGGGAGACAGGAGGGCUGGCCAGUUCCCCACGCUCACCUUUCACAACCCAACCGAUGGUGCCAUGGAGCAGGAAGGCUGAGAAAGAGGCCACAGGAAGCCGUGACGCUGCAUGGGGGGAGGGGGUGGAGGCAGGCCACACAGCAGAGCCUGGGGCCAGAGGGACACAUAGACACCGGGCUCCGGCCAGCGCGGACAAGGCUGGCCAAGGAUGGUGACACCCGGGGCCCUGAGGGUCCUGUUUCUCCUGCUCCUCCUGCUCUGGGCCUCAGGUGAGUGGCUGGUUCCUCAUCCCCUCUUCCCGAGCCCGGGACACCGAGGGAUAGGGGCCGGGGAGGGGGUACGGUCGGGGUGUCUUGAGCAUGUGUGUCCAAGGAGACCAUUCUGCCAGCCUCUGCACCUUCUCUCACCUCAUCCUGAGUUAGACGUCGUCAUGAUGAACUCGAGUCAGCCUGGGUCUCAGGUGAUCUCCUCCCGCCCCUACUCUGGGCUGUGGUUUCCUGGCGGGUCUGGCUCUGGGACACGACUGGGCCGUGGACACGCUCAUAUCCAGCUGGCCUCUGAGCUCCCGGGGGAGGGGACAGGACGCUCUGGAGGCUGAGGCCAGGUGGGGCUUGCACUGAGCUCCCCCAUGGCUCCCCCUGCCCCCGCCAGCUCUCCUCUCCCUGACCCGGCAAUGGCCACCUAGUCUCCGGUGAGCCAAGCCGGGAACAAGGCUUUCCGCCCCUCACCCGCUAUCAGCCUUGCAUACGUGGUGGUUCUCCAGAGCAGUUUGAGGACCCCAGGUCUUGCCCUUGCUGUACUCUCUCCCGGGAAAUCUGAGCCCACACCUGGCCAGCUCUCACCCUCCUUGGCACCCUGUGAUGUCUGCAGUGACCCUCUCAGGCAGAAGGGGUGCUCCCAGCUCAGUGCCCUGUGUGCCCCUCCUGUUUUGUUCUUUAGUGUUGUUACUUUACAAGUUUUUAGUUUAUUUUGAGAGGAAGAGAGGGAGAGGCAGAGAGAGAGGAGAGAGAGAGUGCCAAGCAGGCUCCAUGCUGAGAGCGCAGAGCCUGAGGCAGGGGCACACUCCCACAAGAGUGAGAUCAUGGCCUGAGCAGAAAUCAAGAGUUGGACGCUUAAUCGACUGAGCCACCCAGACGCCCCAUUCUCCUGUUUUGCUCCUGACUCAGUGAGUGGCCUGCAUGCCGGUCCCCUUACGUGUCUGUCCAACACGAGGUCAUGUGGCUUUCGUGGGGUCAUGGGGUCACAUGGGGUCAAGGUCUUUGGGCUUCAAAGAACCUUUUUCUCUUCAAUGUUGGGAGAUUCGGCCAAGUGCAAAGUUCAGUCGACUCAAAAAAGGGGGGGAAUGAUGAUGUCCUCCUGGCAGAACAGGCCAUCAGGCAGAACGCUUCACAGAUUGACCCCGUCCCUGGCCACCACGAUAACCAGUGGUGGCUAUUGUCCGGUCUCAGCGGGCAUCAUAAGGACCCCAGGCCCUUCACAAAAGCGGUAACUACGCUAGUUGGGGCUUCAAGGCUCCCCAUAGUGACUGGGUUCAUUCUAUGGUCGAUGUGGGAGCUCCCGUUUGGGCAAAGCGUCAGCCAUUUGAAUAGCAUGAGGAGGCCUGAGAGAUUUAUAUGUUUAUAUGUAAAGGUAAGUCUCCUUCUUUUGUGGAUAUUUAUGGGUUACUCAGCAUCGUCUGCUCCUUGAUUGAUUCAUUCGAUAAACACUGAUGGUGACUUCUUCGCAGGGCCAGGCCCUGAGCCAACGAGGCUGGGCUGUGGCAGAGAAAAGCAGUCGCCUGAUGCUGAGCUGUAGGGAGGGGCAAAAACCGCCCUCUGACUUCCGGCCUGCUUCCCAAUUGACCAUGGAUCGAGGUGGUUCCUGGAGGCCAGCUCCUGGGGCAGAUCAGGAUGGGGAAGUGCAGUGUAUGGAAAAUUCUACGAUCCUGGAGCAACCGAGAAACGUCUGCCUGGGGCUCAUCAAUGAGGGCAACUAUAAGUCCUUCCACCUGGAGAACACAGCUGGCUGCUUCACAAAAUGCAGGCAGUCAGGGAAUGAACCCUGCGACCUGAAAAACUUACAGAGAUACUGGCUGAAAUACGAGUUCCAUCUGGUGGAGAAUCAGAUGGGGAUAGUGAAUAUGUCUUUUUUGAAGGCUGUUGUCCAGAGUGUCAGCACCAACAUCUCAGAAGACCUGCUCUUCUCUCUGACGCCUUCCCAGGUUCCAAGGCCAGUGACAGAGGAGGAACAUGAGCCCCCCGACAGAGUCCGGCUGCCCCGGAGUCUCUUUGAAUCCCUGCAGGACAGCAGGUCGGUGGUCCGGCUGGCCAUCACGCUCCUGGACAUCGGUCCAGGGAAUCUCUUUAAGGGCCCCGAGCUCAGCCUGGAGGACAGCAGCAGCGUGUUGAACAACCGCGUGGUGGGCUUGAGUUUGGGCAAUAUAUCUGUCAGCAAGCUGGCUGAGCCUUUGGAGAUCACCUUCUCCCACCAGCGCCCACCCUCUAACAUGACCUUCAGCUGUGUAUUCUGGGAUGUGACUAAAGGGUCAACAGGAGACUGGUCUUCCACAGGCUGCUCCACAGAGCUCAGCGCCAAGAGGACUGUCUGUCGCUGUGACCACCUGACCUUCUUCGCUUUGCUGCUGAGGCCGAUCUUGGACCGGGCCACGGUGCAGGCCCUCAUUCGCAUUUCCCAGGCUGGCUGUGGAGCCUCGAUGAUCUUCCUGGCCUUCACUGUUCUCCUGUAUGCUGCCCUGAGCCCCCAGCAGCCCCACUCCCUCUGUCUCAGAGCAAGCCGUGAGUGUGAGCGGUGCCACCCCUGUCCCCAACCAAGCCCCCGCCUGGGACACAGCCCCCAUCCCCAACAAGCUGAGCAUGACCUGCCAGCUGGCCGCACCGCUGGACCCUGUGAGCCCGGCUUGGAGCGCCAGAAGGAAUCGUCAUCAACUCUCGAGGGUGGGCCCUGGCGUCUCAGGUUCUACCGGCAGCGGUUCAAGUCAGAAGAUGCCCCCAAGGUCCACGUGGCCCUGAGCAUUAGCUUGUUUCUCCUGAAUCUAGCCUUCUUCAUCAAUGUGGGGCAUGGCCGUGAGCCGUCAGAUGCCACCUGCUGGGCCCGGGGGGCCAUCUUCCACUAUUUCCUACUCUGUACCUUUACCUGGAUGGGCCUGGAAGCCUUCCACCUCUACCUGCUCGUCAUCAAGGUCUUCAACACCUACUUUGGGCACUAUUUCCUGAAGCUGAGCCUCGUGGGCUGGGGCCUGCCUGCCCUAAUCGUCAUUGGCACCGGGAGCGCCAACAGCUAUGGCCACUAUGCCAUCCGCGACAAGAAGAACAUGGCCACGCUGGAGCUGUGCUGGUUCCGUGAGAAGACCGCUGUCUCUGCCCUCUACGUCACCGUCCAUGGCUACUUCCUUAUCACCUGCCUCUUCAGCGCUGUGGUCCUGGGCCUGGUGGCCUGGAAGAUCUUCACUCUGUCGACUGCCACAGCAGGCAAGGAGCAGGGACCGAACUGGAAGGGAGUGCUCACCGUGCUGGGCCUCUCGAGCCUGGUGGGUGUGACCUGGUGGCUGGCCAUCCUCACGCCCCUGGGCCGAUCCACCAUCUAUGUCUUCGCGCUGUUCAACUCCCUGCAAGGUGUCUUCAUCUUCUGCUGGUUCGCCGUGCUCUACUUCCCCAGCCGGACUGCCGUGGCCUCCUCUUCUGGCACCGCCAGAAUUGACCAGGUCCACACCGCGUCUCAAGAAUAGGGGGCCUCCGUGGGGCCAGGCUGGGAGCCGGCCGCACAUUGUGGACUCGGCUCUGACUCCCUGUGUGAACUCAGGCUGCUCCUUGCCUCCUCCUGGCCUUUGGUUUCUAUGUUUGUACAAUGUGGCUGGGGAAGGGAGGUGACGGGGGCCAGUUUGGACCACCUGGCCUCAGUGGUUCCGUCCAGAUACUUCUGUGGGUCCUAGAGUCCACAGAUCCAGGAUUGCGAGAGUCUGAAGACCGCUGCCAGCAUAGAGCAGUGCCCUCACCUGUACCUGUACCUGCACCUCCUGCCUACAGAGCAAAACAGCUCAUCUCUGCCAUUGGCCACCUCUGGUUUUAGUCACAGGGGACUCUGUUAUCAGAAUUGCCCCUUGA